GUCCCAGACGCGACCGACUCGGUGUCAGCGGGCGGACUCCGCCGGCCCGGCCCGGUCUCACCUGACUCCACUUCCCCUCAGUAAAAGGCUCCGAUCGGCCAUGGACAGCGGGCAACAGCUGCAGGCGGCUCCGCGGCACCUCCCUGUGCGCCCUGGAGCUGGGCGGGCUUUAAGGGGCCGGAGCCGGCCUGCCGUGCCGGAGUGCCCGAUCUCUGCUCUCCCGGCCUCGCCUUUGCUGUUUGCGGCCUCUUGUUCCGCGGCCCGGUGAGGCGGGAAAGCGGGCAGGGCCCUGGAGGGCCCACGGGGGUUCCCCGAGGGAAGGCUGCGCCUGCCUGCCUGCCCGACCGCCAUUUGAAACGUCUGUGAGGGAACCGAACCGCCGGUGUGGGUCCUGGGCCCUGGAAGCUGUCCAGGAAGCUUACAGGAACUUGUCUCCAAGUGAAACACACAGGCUCUGGCAACUUCAGAACUCUGGCUCUAAGUAUCAGCAAAGCAAGUGUUAAUCUGAAGACCUCUUCUGAUGUUCAUACUGACAUCCAGUAAGGCAGACAGGUUCUAGAUCAUGGAAAAGCCCUUGAUUUUGUAUAUAUUUUUAUUCUACUGGCAUUUCUUAAAUGCUUUAUUCACGGUUGAAGCUCCCAAGUCACUCUACACUGUGGAACGUGGGAACAAUGUGACCAUGGAAUGCACAUUUCCAGUGCACGAGAAAUCAGAGUUUAGAGAUUUAAGCAUCAGCUGGGAAAAAAAAGAUGAACUCAGAAAGCAGGUUUAUGCACUUAUCAAAGGAGUGGAAGACUUCAAAAGUCAGCACAGUGACUUUAAGGGAAGAAUAAAUCUUCUGAAAGAGAAUCUGAAAUUGGGGCAGUCUGUCCUUCAGAUCACUGAUGUGAAGCUCAGAGAUGCAGGGAUUUAUCGCUGUGUUAUUGGCUAUGGGGUAGCUGACUACAAGACAAUCAGCCUGAAAGUGAAGGCUCCUUAUAGAACCAUUACCCAAGGAAUGGUGAGCCCAGGAGACAAUGAAUGGAAACUGAUGUGUCAGUCAGAAGGAUAUCCACUAGCUGAAGUGAUAUGGCAAAACAAAGAAUAUGAAGAUUUGACUUAUAAGGCAAACACAAGUUAUGAAACUGGAAGUGACCAGCUAUAUCAUGUGACAAGUACCCUUACAAUCAAAAGUAGGGUUGGUGAGAAUUUUUACUGUAUAUUCUGGAAUAAAGAGCUUCAAGAAAAUACAUCUGCCAUUUUACAUAUAGCAGAUUCAGUUGAUGGUGUUCUGUGGACUGAGAGCAGACGCUUUGUUGGAGCAAUUCUCAUUGUGACUGUAUUCAUUCUAUCAGUGUUACUGUUUAUGAUCUACAAAAGAAAAGCCAGAGCAAAUAAGGAUGACAGAACACUUGUGGCCACCUCAUCAAUAGCAAAGCUGUCAAAAGAUAAUGAGACGUAUGACUGCAGAGAUGCUUGUUUUGAAGAGCAAGAGCUGAAAUAUAUGCAAAUUGAGAAGAUGUAGAGAAAGCAGGCGUAGCCUGUUUGCUCUCCGAUGAAGAUUUGACAGCUCACAUCUUCUGUGUUCUAUAUAUUAAUGGGGAUAUCAGUUUGCUUUAUUAUUAUUAUUAUUAUUAUUUUUAUUAUUCUGUGAUGGCAAUCUUCUUCUGUAUUGUCCUAAAUCAAGAAAAGCUGCAAUGAAAUUUAUAGUAUUACAGCAUAAAAAGUCCUUGGAUUCAGGCUUCUAUGUGACUAGGUGUAGAAGAACUAAUUUCAAUAUUCAGUUUUCUGUUUCCUCAAGUUUAUGCACUUUCAAAAACACAUUUCAUUAAAAAUAUCUUCAAAGUAAAGCAUUUUAAGUCUAUGACCACCAUGAUUUUCAUUGGUAGUCUGUGAAUAAGACAUCUUCUGGAUUUUUUUUAUUCCCCACCUGAACUAUAAAUUCCCUGCAGAGAUUUUAUUUUCCAGCUUGUGAAAACAUUUUUCAAUGCUUUAAUCCUCAUAAAAGAUCCGGCUGCAACAAGACAAGAUGACAUACAGGCAGGGCAUUUUCUGUCCUUCCUGUAGAUGUUAAGAUGCCAGAUACAAUCAAUCCUGAUGCAGUAACUCUUUUGGCACCUGUGAUUUGGAAAGUAUUAGAUAACAUGGCGCUUCUUGAUCUCUUUCUCUGAAAAGAGUUUAGGGUAUCAAAUUUCCUUGUGGUAUAGCUGGCAUUUCUUGGUUACUACUCAUUACUCUUCUGAUGUACCAUCUUGGGAUAAUCCAACUCUGGACAUUCAAGAAGAACACUUAAUUUGGACUGCCUUUUUGCUCAUCUUGAGAAGAAAGAGAACCUUCUCACUUCUAGGACAUGAAAUACACCCUCAUGUGAUUACUUCUGAAAUGCUGAAAGAAAAUGCUCCUGGGGGGUGCCAUUUCUUAAGUUACUGCUUACAUUUUGGUAGAUACGUGUCUUUUUUUUGGUGUCAUACACAGAUGAAAAUUAUUUAUUACAAUGCUAUUCUUUUUUUUUCUUAAUAAAAUACAUUUUGAUCUUCUUGUUUUUU